CCACCACAGAGGAAAGGGGAUCGGGAGUCAGUUAUGCGCCGCCGCCUGCCGUGCGCCCAUCUCCACUCUCUCGCCGUCGCCGUCGACGCUUCUGUCGGAGGCCUCGAAUGAGGAUCGAGUGGUGCUUGAGAAGAGGCGACCAAAUAAGCAGCUCCCCCUUUGGGAGCUGCAGUCUCCAAUCGAAGCAGCAGCAGCUCCAUUCCGAGCUGCAACCAGCAAUCAAGCGGCUCCACUCCGAGCCGCAGUCCGCAAUCGAAGCGACUCCUUUUUUCAGUCUCAAUCCGGAUUCAAAGCAGUCCUUUUUGGAUUGCAAUCAGAAACAGGCCCUGUUUCGAAUUCAUUAUCCGAGUUUCCAUUGGUGGUGGGAACCCAGCAGCUAUAUAUAUAUCUGGCCGGGCGGACACCGCGGUACCCGCCAAUCUUCCGAGGAGACCAAUUCUUGUCGCGACAACUCGUGAGCCUUCAGCUGCCAAAUUCACGGUGACCAAUUCUUCUCGGGCCUCGGCGGAUCUACGCUGCAGCCAUGGGGAAGGGCAGUCAAGACGAUCGGUUGAGCAAGUUGCCCGAUGACAUUUUGCUCAACAUCGUUGACCGGCUUGGAAUUGUCGACAUCGCAAGAACCAGCUUCCUGUCCAAAAGGUGGAGGCGGAUCCCUGCCAUGCUCUCAAAAAUCGAAAUCGUGGUUGGUUCCUUUCAUCUGGGACAAGACAGGUCCAACGUGACGAGUGACGAUGUCAUUCGUGCCAGUUCCACCACCGUCGAAAUAACUAGGAGGAUACUGGAAAACAGGCCCCCAAGUAUAUACACCAUUCACCGACUGUCCGUGCAAUUAUUCUUGGGAGAUGAUUCCAUCUCCAUUGGACAGACCGUGGCCAACACUAUGGCAACACAAAAGGUUGGUUCGUCCGAGUUCACGAUUUUAACGGACAAGGAUGGCAGGAAAUGCACCUAUGAUGAAGUGGCUGCCUAUGGGAGGCAGCUCAGGUCAUUUGUUGAUGCUUGCCCGGUCGCGUUUGGUGGCCUCACACGCCUCAAGCUGGAACAUUUGACGCUGGCUCAAUCAGAUUUCCCAGAAAUAUUUGGUAUAUGUAAGAGGCUGGAGUUCCUCCACUUGUUCAACUGCGACGUGGAGAUUUCGUCUUCUCUACAAGUGGAACAUCCUCAACUCAGCCAACUUGAGAUUAUCAACUGCAGAUUUGAGAAUGGUGUUGAUCUGAAAUGGCUACCAAAGCUUGCACUGCUGACUUUUAAAGGUUGGUUCUCACAGGAGGAUCCGUUUUGCGUUGGUCAUGCCCCACUGCUCCAGAGUGUGAGCAUCACUAAUAUUGGUCUUUCUUACCACAAGAUGCUCAAGUUAAGUGAGAUCCUUGGCAAAGCAACCAUAAGUGAUCUCCAUCUCAAUUUCAGAUGCGAAAAGAUUUGGAUUAAACCAGAAGGUCCAAGACAAUUGUGGCAGGUGUUUCGUACACUAAAGGUUGUGACUUUGGAUAACAUUUCUGAAGAAUGUGAUCUGACUUGGACGUUAUUCAUUCUCCAAGGCGCACCCUUCCUGAAGGAGCUGUGCAUACAGGUGUGGGACAAUGUAUGCGAUAUGAUGGGAGACGAGGAAGAGAGGAAGAAGCAUGCAUUUAGCGAGGAGAGGAAGGACAAAGGCACAGAGUGGGAAGGACUGGCAUCUGAUUUCAAGCACCACAAUCUGGCUGUGCUAAGGAUUUAUGGGUUUCAAGCAGAAUGCAAGUUCUUUGAAUUUAUUAGAAGUGUGAUGGAAGCUGCAGUUGAUCUCGAAGGCAUAUACCUGCAUAACAGGGUAUUGUGUAAAAGGCGCAAUAUCAUGGUUCCAAGCACUUCCAAAUAUCCGAAAACAUAUAAACAGAAGAUGUCGGUGAGGAACAAAAUCUACAAGGGCAAUUGCUGGAUGGUUGGGAUACACUUCCCGGGCUGGAGUGCCGAGGUGCUGCAGGGAUGAAGCUUGUUGUUGGUACGCGGCCCUGAAGGGAUCAACUUGCUGGGUUGACAACCUGAGGUCACUGCAAUAAUCAAGUUUGUUGUUAGUAUGCUCCCCUUGUCUGAAAUCUCUUCCCCGUUGUGCUGUGUUAGCUGAUUAUCUUGUACUGUACUAGCAUUUGUUAUCACUUAGAGCAGUGACUGGUGUAUUUUGUGAUGGAAACUAGUAAGUUUGCACGUGCAAUGCACGUCUCCGCCCAAAGAAAAUCCUUGCUCAUAGAA